CGGCCGAAAUUUAUCGACCUUCUUUAACCGAACCACCAUCACGCGUCGGGCCCAUCUUGCAAACCUUCCACCUCUCAAUUUGAAGCCUGCUUGCUGAGGGAAUUAUUUCUUCCUCUAGUGGGUUACAAGCCACGCCGACGAUCUAUUUCUAUUUUCGCCCGAAUUCAGUGGGUCAUGUGAGAGAAAGCUGUACCCUGAUAAAUUUACACUGGGAAAGACAAGAGUUCGUUGCUCAUGGGUAUGUGCUACUUAUCGCAUUUUGAUUUACAAGGCCGUGCAAGUUUGAUUUUGUAAUGUUAACGAUUUACGCGUUACGCCGCGCAUUUGAAUACGAAAUCUGAAGUUGAUCAGUGAUUUUAGUGUUCUCUGAACGGCAGUGGUCGCUUGGGUCUGCGGUGUUGGUCGAAGUUCUUAUGCAUCAGACACUGGGUCUCUAUUUCUGCAAGUCAUGACCUCAGGAUCAAGCUAGGGUUUUUCCCACUUCCUAGAUCAACCGACACAAUCCCGCAGGUACCAACACCCAAUAGCACUUGUAGCGCCUGAUACUCUCAUCGACUGGCAGUUGCGGUGUCAAUCACUCGUUUAUCUCGGAGGGAAGAUGAAAAACGCUGCCCUGAAGUUGAUUCGAACUACAACUGCUGAUGUCUAAUGUGACUUGAUAUUCUCCUUGAUCAUCUUCCUAUCCCGAACUCUAGGUUCCCUCUCCUUUGAGGAUGCCUUAAAAAGCCCCAGCACGGACUACCAUACUCUAGAUCAGCAUCCUUUCGUUCUCGCCCUCCCUUUUCGAACUUCUGGAAAUGUUCUCUUCUUUCGCUGCUCUCCUCUCAAUCUGCGUUGUGGUGCUGGCAUCACCCACAUCGGAGAAACGUCAAUCGAUAACUACCCUCUCGAAUGCUCAGAUUGCGACGUUCAAACCGUUUUCUUUCUAUGCAGCAGCAGCUUAUUGUAAGCCUCCGACUACGUUGGCUUGGAACUGCGGUGCAAACUGUGAGGCCAAUCCCACUUUCAAGCCUGUCGCGUCCGGUGGAAAUGGUGAUAGUGUCCAGUUUUGGUAUGUCGGUUACGACCCGACCCUCAAAACUGUUAUUGUCGGACACCAAGGAACCGACUUCUCUAAGAUCAGCGCGAUAGUAACUGACGGCAACUUCGUGCAUGGAGAGCUGGACUCGUCAUUAUUCCCUGGUGUGCCAUCUACAGCCCAAGUUCAUGAUGGAUUCCGAGACGAACAAGCUAAGACCGCAACGCAAGUUCUCGCAGCCGUAAACCAAGCGUUGUCUGCAAACUCUGCUAACCAGGUAGCGGUGGUGGGGCACUCGAUGGGUGGUGCGUUGGCUCUGCUUGAUGGAGUGUAUCUGCGACUCCAGUUACCAACCAACACGAGCGUUAAAGUAGUCAAUUAUGCCUCUCCUCGGGUUGGAAACUCCAAUUUUGCGAGCUUUGUUGACUCUCAUGUCCCGUUAACCCAUAUCACCAACAAAAAAGACAUCGUCCCUAUCAUGCCAGGUCGAGCAUCAGAUUUCGCUCAUCCAAAUGGAGAGAUACACAUCAAGGAAGACAAUACGUGGAAUUCCUGCCCUGGACACGAUAACACUAAUACGCGAUGCACUGUGGGAGACGUUCCAAAUAUCUUUGCGGGUCUCUCUCACGAGCCAAAUGAUCAUUUCGGACCUUAUGACGGUGUUCAUAUAGGAGGAUGCUGAUCGUUGAAGGAUCCAAACUUGCUUGUUCACACGCUCUUUUUAUUCUCCUAGCGUGGCCUGG